ACUCAAAACAGAGUUAUGCUGUUUAUCGUUUCAUUAUUUCAAUAAAUCCUUCUGAUAUUACUGAGUUAGAUGCAGUUCUUGGAAACUACAUUCUUCAUAAUCCUAUACAAGCUGCACAGAUUUUUCAGUCAUUCUUUUUCAAUCACAGGUAUGUUUCAUAGCUAUUAAGACAUUAUCAUUAAUUGAACAAUUGCAGACAGAAGCUCAGGUGAGUCUGCACUGUUCUCCAUUUAGAUCUUAAAUCAUUUGAGUAUAGUGAAGUGUCAAAAAAUAAUACUUUUGUAUUAACUUUUCAGUUUUCAUUUUCCCUCUGGUUGUAGUAUUAUUUGUAAUUACAAGUAGCUGGAAAUGUCACCCAACCAUACUGCAAGAAUUUUGAGAUAAUUAAUGUGAAACUGAAUUACACCUCAUGUGUUUCUAAUUUUUUUCUAGUAGCUAAUUUCUAAUCAUUGUAAGUAAAGCAGUUUUAAAUAAAGUUUUUUUACAGUAUUAAUAUAAUUGUAUCUCUUGUUAGGUUAGUAUACUGCUGAAACCAACACAUUUGCCACCUUUACCAAGUUAUGUCUUCAGUCUUUCUGCAUUUCCCUUUAAUUACACAUCUCAAAGAUUUUAUAUGUCUGAAGGAAUAGCAACUGCAAUGGGAACAGUAACAAAAUAUACACAAGGAGCAAGAUUUCUUUGUACUGAGGAAACCUGUCCAUUUUCUGAAGGGUUUAGCUAUAUAAGAGUGCAUCUGCCUGGAGCUACAGAAUCUGCCACAGUGAGGAAUGAUUUUGUGUGUAGCUUGUGUUCUUCACCACUGCAGGAAGACAUGAAAUAUAGAGUACUUGGUGAUAAACAAAUAGUUGAAAUGGUUGAUGCAAAAGUUCUUAAUGCUUUGAAAGGAUAUUCCGACGAUAAAUCACAUUUUAUGAUUCAGACAUUUACAGUUUUCUUGAGAGAUGAACUGGUCAAUAAAAUGAAGAUAGGAAACCACUACAAGAUUAUAGGAAUUCCAGCUUGUGUGCAAAAUGGCUUACAAGCUACAACAUGUAUAGAAGUCAAUAGUGUACAGCUCUGUAAACCAAAUGGUCCUCCUUUUGUCGGUGACAAUUUUAAGUAUCUGCUCUCACUGACAUCAAGCUCAUGCUGGAAGUUUACCGCCAUCCUUGCCAAUAUCUUUGCUUCUCAAGUUGUCCCACCAGGCACUUGCAAUACUCUCAAACUCACUAUAUUGCUGAGCCUAGUACAGACAUGUGAAAAAGAAAAUGCAAAUUAUCUGGAUCUGUUGAUUGUGACAAGCGACACACUAGUAAUUGAUAGGCUUCUGAAUUACAGCUUAUGUCUUCUGCCUCGUGGCAUACGACACCCACCUUCUAGUGACAUUUUUCCUUCUGUGUCCAAAGAUAAACACGGAACUGGAAGUGCCAGUAUCCAAGCUUGCAGUGCUGUCCUGGCUAAGGGUGGUGUCUGUUACAUAGGAGACUUAUCUUCAUACAAAAAGGAUAAACUUGAACUCCUACAGUCCGUGCUGGAAAGCAGAAUGACAACAGUAUUCAUUCCUGGAAAGAAGUACGGAGAAGAGGCUGACCAACAAGUCACUAUUUCAGUUCAAACCAAUUUUUGGUCUUUUGUAGAUGUGGAUUCUUCCUCAAAGAAACAUAUACAAAAGGAAAACUUUUUAAUUGGACAGAUGGAUGUGAGUUUGAUUCCACCUAAUCUUCUAGAUGUUUUUGGGCUUCUGAUAUACAAUGAGUUUCCUUCGUGUCAACUAUCUUCUCCUCUUGUGCAUCAUAUCUUGAAAAAAGCUAUCAAUCCUGAAGCCAUGCUGUACAAAGUCUCACAGCAGUUCCGAAUGCAGGAUUUUGAGGAGUUUAUUUUGUUUGCUAGGAAUCUUCACGUUGAACUGAGCUCAGAAGCAGAAAACCUCAUUCAGGGCUACUAUCUUGCAAGUCGCAGACUGAGAAGAGAUUCUCUUCGUGGAUCAACAUUAUCAGCAUCUGCACUAAAAAUUCUGAUUUCACUGUCUAAGGCUCACACUAAACUAAGUUUGAGAAACAAAGUACUUGAGGAAGAUGCAUUGAUUGCCAUCUUGUUACUCGAAUCAUCUCUUACCCUAAAACAUGGCAAGUCUGCAUUAUGCAUUGCACCAAAUCCUGUAUUUCCAUUUGACCUCAGUGAUGAAAACUCCUUGCAACAGAGAGAUAGUUACCUCAUGCAGUGUCACCAGCAGCUGCUGAAGUUUAUUGCUGCCUAUGGCCCAGGAAUUCACAUUAACCCUAAUGAAGAGUAAAAACUCCACUCAGUAAGUAAUGCCUGAAGCUUCUACUUCAGCUUUUUGAGAGACUGCAAUUAGAAAUACACAACUAAUAAGGGUUUUAUUAUUUUUAUAAGACAGUUCAGUACUAUUUUGCUAAGGAAUAAAGCAUAGCUGACAGGAUUCAAUUACAAGUUUUGUGACAGUGCUGUUUGAAGUCAGGAGUGAUGUCUUCAUCCAAGGCUUUCAGAAUAAAGCCACAACCUGAACUUCCUGGCUACCACUGUUGAGUUACAGGAGUAAAGCAAGGUUUUUAAUAAGACUACAACUAACAAUUAAACCAGGAGUUUAAUUUCUAGUGUUUCAUUUCAACUACAUGAACUCUCUGUAGUUUUUCUUCUUGUUCUUUUAAAAUGUGUCACCCAAAGAGGGAUAAAUAGUUUUAAGUACAUUAAAACGUUCCAGUGUAAGCCAACUUUCUUAAAUUAUGACUCAUGUUCUAUAAAUUUUAGAAGGUAUAAAAGUACCACCAUACUGUUUAAUGUUCUCAGUUUUACAUCACAGCAACAUAAUAUUAGACCAGGUUUCUAGUGUAGCCCUGCAAUCCAGAGAGAAAAAAAAAAAAACAAACGAAAAACACUACAACAUACCAAAAGAACCACAUACCACAACCAACAAAAAACCCACAUAGUUUUUCCACGUUACUUUACAUAGUCUACAAGGGAUAGUAGAACCCUGCAGUAAAGUGAAAAAAGAAAAAAAAGAUUACUUGAUAGGUAGACAGCUCAGUAAGUUUGACUUUACCUCACUGCAAAAACAAGUGUAAAGAGUGGUGUGUAGAAGAUGAGGUGUCUGAGACACAUCAUGCUUCUCCAACUAUGGACUUCCCUGUAUUUUAUCCUCCUAGUAAAAAUAUGGCAGCAGACAUAACACUGAGCAAGUUUUAUAUCUAAGAUAUCUGCAUUUAAAAAAAAAAAGCAGCAUAAAAAUUAUACAGGCUUCCUGUCAAAUCUGGACAAGCUGAACAUGGGAGGCUUGGUGUGCCUCCUACCCAGGAUGUCAUCCAGCAGGAUCACGGUGCUACUGCUCACAAAGAUGCAAAAACCCUACAGUCACUGGAAAUUGAAUCAAUCUUGGAUUUCUGUACACAUAUUGCCUUGGGACUGCCACCACUAACAUUGUAAACACUCUCAUUUAGACAAGAAAACACAAGUUUACUACAUGUUUUGACCAUCGAUUUAUUAGAUUUUGUUCAAUUUAUUCAGUACCUUUAAAUAUUCAUACCAAGUUCUAAGAGUGUCCACAAAGUCAUUUCCCUUUCUGGAGUAACACUCUCACCUGAACUUCAUUCAAGACUUAUUCACACAUUUCACUUAACAGCUACUCUUCUGCCUUACUAUUGAUUCAAGCAGUAUUUCUGAGGAGCAAGAAGGGCCACGAAAGCAUUUCCAAGUGCAUUAGAACUCCACAUUUCAGACUGUUUUCAAGCUAAAAACAAACAAACAAA